GAGUGAAUCUCAGAACAGGAAGCGGAGGCAUAAGCACAGAGGAUUCUGGAAAGGUCUCUUUGUUUUCUUGCCCACAGAAAAAGGAUAGGAUUGAUUACAAAAACACUGUAAUCAAUUUGUAAACCUCUGUGGCCAAAAAAUCUGAACGCUGCAGAGAAGGCACGUUAUACUCUAACCAUCUUGGAUGCAAGGCUUUGUUAUGCUGUGAUCUGUAAGGCUCUGUUUUAUCAGGCAAUUCUUAUGCAAGAAGCUCAACGUAAUUAAAUGUGCAGGAUGAAAAGAUGGCACAGGCACUGCUGGUACCCCCGGGACCUGAAAGCUUCCGACUUUUUACUAGAGAAUCUCUUGCUGCUAUUGAAAAACGAGCUGCAGAAGAGAAAGCCAAGAAGCCUACUAAAAAAGAACAAGACAAUGAUGAUGAGAACAAACCAAAGCCCAACAGUGACUUGGAAGCUGGAAAAAACCUUCCUUUUAUCUAUGGAGACAUACCUCCAGCGAUGGUGUCAGAGCCCUUGGAGGACCUGGACCCAUACUAUAUCAAUAAGAAAACUUUUAUAGUAUUGAAUAAAGGGAAGGCAAUUUUCCGAUUCAGUGCCACCUCUGCCUUGUACAUUUUAACUCCACUAAACCCUGUUAGAAAAAUUGCUAUUAAGAUUUUGGUACAUUCUUUAUUCAGCAUGCUUAUUAUGUGCACUAUUUUGACCAACUGUGUAUUUAUGACCUUGAGUAACCCUCCAGACUGGACAAAGAAUGUAGAGUACACAUUCACUGGGAUCUAUACCUUUGAGUCACUUAUAAAAAUUUUGGCAAGAGGGUUUUGCUUAGAAGAUUUUACAUUCCUUCGUGAUCCAUGGAAUUGGCUGGAUUUCAGUGUCAUUGUGAUGGCAUAUGUGACAGAGUUUGUGGACCUGGGCAAUGUCUCAGCAUUGAGAACAUUCAGAGUUCUCCGAGCACUGAAAACCAUUUCAGUCAUUCCAGGUUUAAAGACCAUCGUGGGGGCCCUGAUUCAGUCCGUGAAGAAGCUCUCUGAUGUCAUGAUCCUGACCGUGUUCUGUCUGAGCGUGUUUGCUCUAAUUGGUCUGCAGCUGUUUAUGGGCAACCUGCGGAAUAAAUGUUUGCAAUGGCCCCCAAGUGAUUCGGCUUUUGAAACUAACACCACUUCCUAUUUUAAUGGCACAGCGGAUUCAAAUGGAACAUUUGUUAAUGUGACAAUGACCACCUUUAACUGGAAGGAUUACAUUGCUGAUGACAGUCACUUUUAUGUGUUAGAAGGACAAAAGGACCCUUUACUCUGUGGAAAUGGCUCAGAUGCAGGACAGUGUCCAGAAGGAUACAUCUGUGUGAAGGCUGGUCGAAACCCCAACUAUGGCUACACCAGCUUCGAUACAUUUAGUUGGGCUUUCCUAUCUCUAUUUCGUCUCAUGACUCAAGACUACUGGGAGAAUCUCUACCAGUUGACAUUACGCGCUGCUGGAAAAACGUAUAUGAUAUUUUUUGUCCUGGUGAUUUUCUUGGGCUCUUUUUAUCUGGUAAAUUUGAUCCUGGCUGUGGUGGCUAUGGCUUAUGAGGAACAGAAUCAGGCCACCUUGGAAGAGGCAGAACAGAAGGAGGCUGAAUUUCAGCAGAUGCUUGAACAGCUUAAAAAGCAACAGGAAGAAGCUCAGGCAGUUGCAGCAGCAUCAGCUGCGUCAAGAGACUUCAGUGGAAUAGGUGGGUUAGGGGAGCUAUUAGAAAGUUCUUCAGAAGCAUCAAAGUUAAGCUCCAAAAGUGCUAAGGAGUGGAGGAACCGAAGGAAAAAAAGAAGACAAAGGGAGCAUUUUGAAGUAAACAACAAAGGAGAGGGAGACAGGUUUCCAAAAUCUGAAUCUGAAGACAGUGUCAAGAGGAGCUUUCUUUUCUCCUUGGAUGGAAAUCGACUAACUAGUGACAAGAAGUUCUGCUCCCCUCAUCAGUCUCUGUUAAGUAUCCGUGGUUCCCUAUUUUCUCCGAGACGCAAUAGCAAAACGAGCAUUUUCAGCUUCAGAGGUCGAACAAAGGAUGUUGGUUCUGAAAAUGACUUUGCUGAUGAUGAGCACAGUACAUUUGAAGACAGCGAGAGCAGGAGAGACUCACUGUUUGUGCCACACAGACAUGGAGAGCGACGCAACAGUAACGUUAGUCAGGCCAGUAUGUCAUCCAGGAUGGUGCCAGGGCUUCCAGCAAAUGGGAAGAUGCACAGCACUGUGGAUUGCAAUGGUGUGGUUUCCUUGGUGGGUGGACCAUCAACUCUAACCUCACCUUCUGGACAACUUCUGCCAGAGGGCACCACCACUGAAACAGAAAUCAGAAAGAGAAGGCUAAGUUCUUAUCAGAUUUCAAUGGAAAUGCUAGAAGAUUCUUCUGGAAGACACAGAGCUAUGAGUAUAGCCAGCAUUUUGACCAAUACAAUGGAGGAACUUGAAGAAUCUAGACAAAAGUGUCCACCAUGCUGGUAUAGAUUUGCCAAUGUGUUUUUGAUCUGGGAUUGCUGUGAUGCCUGGCUAAAAGUAAAGCAUCUUGUGAAUUUAAUUGUUAUGGAUCCAUUUGUUGAUCUUGCAAUUACUAUUUGCAUUGUUCUAAAUACCCUCUUUAUGGCCAUGGAGCACUACCCAAUGACUGGUCAAUUCAGUAGGGUAUUGACUGUAGGAAACCUGGUCUUCACUGGGAUCUUCACAGCAGAAAUGGUUCUCAAGAUCAUUGCGAUGGAUCCAUAUUAUUAUUUCCAAGAGGGUUGGAAUAUUUUUGAUGGAAUUAUUGUCAGCCUCAGUUUGAUGGAGCUUGGCCUGGCAAAUGUGGAAGGAUUGUCUGUACUAAGAUCAUUCAGACUGCUUCGAGUGUUCAAGUUGGCAAAAUCAUGGCCUACCUUGAAUAUGCUAAUUAAGAUUAUUGGCAAUUCCGUGGGAGCUCUGGGUAACCUCACUUUGGUCUUGGCCAUCAUUGUCUUCAUUUUUGCCGUGGUUGGCAUGCAGUUGUUCGGUAAGAGCUACAAAGAAUGUGUCUGCAAGAUCUCCAGCGACUGUCAACUACCACGCUGGCACAUGAAUGACUUCUUCCACUCCUUCCUGAUUGUGUUUCGUGUACUCUGUGGAGAGUGGAUAGAGACCAUGUGGGACUGCAUGGAGGUCGCUGGCCAAACCAUGUGCCUUAUUGUUUUCAUGUUGGUCAUGGUCAUUGGAAAUCUUGUGGUUCUGAACCUCUUCCUAGCCUUAUUAUUGAGUUCAUUUAGUUCGGACAAUCUUGCUGCUACUGAUGAUGAUAAUGAAAUGAACAAUCUCCAGAUUGCAGUAGGAAGGAUGCAAAAAGGAAUUGAUUAUGUAAAAAAUAAGAUUCAGGAGUGUUUCCGCGUGACAUUUCUUAGGAAGUCAAAAGUUAUAGAAAUCCAUGAAGAAAACAAAAUAGACAGCUGUAUAUCCAAUAAUACUGGAAUUGAAAUAAACAAAGAGCUUAAUGUUCUUAAAGAUGGGAAUGGAACCACCAGUGGAGUAGGUACUGGAAGCAGUGUUGAAAAAUAUGUAAUCGAUGAGAAUGAUUAUAUGUCCUUCAUAAACAACCCCAACCUCACUGUAACAGUACCAAUUGCUGUUGGAGAGUCUGACUUUGAAAACUUAAAUACUGAAGAGUUUAGCAGUGAGUCAGAACUAGAAGAAAGUAAAGAGAAAUUAAAUGCAACCAGUUCAUCUGAAGGAAGUACAGUUGACAUUGCUCCACCCCGAGAAGGUGAACAGGCAGAAAUUGAACAAGAGGAAGACCUUAAACCAGAAGCUUGUUUUACAGAAGGAUGUAUAAAAAAGUUUCCAUUCUGUCAAGUAAGUAUAGAAGAGGGAAAAGGAAAGAUCUGGUGGAAUCUUCGGAAAACCUGUUACAGCAUUGUAGAACACAAUUGGUUUGAGACAUUUAUUGUCUUCAUGAUCCUUCUCAGCAGUGGUGCUUUGGCUUUUGAAGAUAUAUAUAUUGAACAGCGAAAGACCAUCAAAACCAUGCUUGAGUACGCUGACAAGGUCUUCACCUACAUAUUCAUUCUGGAAAUGCUUCUCAAAUGGGUAGCUUAUGGAUUUCAAACAUAUUUCACUAAUGCCUGGUGCUGGCUAGAUUUCCUGAUUGUUGAUGUUUCUUUGGUGAGCUUGGUAGCUAACGCACUGGGCUAUUCAGAACUUGGUGCCAUCAAAUCCCUACGGACAUUGAGAGCUUUGCGACCUCUAAGAGCUUUAUCUCGAUUUGAAGGAAUGAGGGUGGUUGUGAAUGCUCUUGUAGGGGCAAUUCCCUCCAUCAUGAAUGUGCUAUUGGUUUGUCUUAUAUUCUGGCUGAUUUUUAGCAUCAUGGGUGUGAAUUUGUUUGCGGGCAAGUUCUACCACUGUGUUAACACAACUACAGAUAGCAUGUUUACAGUUAAUGAAGUCAAUAAUUACAGCGACUGUCUGGCUCUUGGCAAGCAAGCACGAUGGAAAAAUGUGAAAGUAAAUUUUGAUAAUGUUGGUGCUGGCUAUCUAGCACUGCUUCAAGUGGCCACGUUUAAAGGUUGGAUGGAUAUUAUGUAUGCAGCUGUUGAUUCACGAGAUGUUAAACUUCAGCCUGUGUAUGAAGAAAAUCUCUACAUGUAUUUAUAUUUUGUCAUCUUUAUCAUCUUUGGGUCAUUCUUUACUCUGAAUCUAUUCAUUGGUGUCAUCAUAGAUAACUUCAACCAACAGAAAAAGAAGUUUGGAGGUCAAGAUAUAUUUAUGACUGAGGAACAGAAAAAAUAUUACAAUGCAAUGAAGAAACUUGGAUCCAAAAAACCUCAAAAACCUAUACCUCGGCCAGGAAACAAAUUUCAAGGGAUGGUCUUUGACUUUGUAACCAGACAAGUCUUUGACAUCAGUAUCAUGAUCCUCAUCUGUCUCAACAUGGUCACCAUGAUGGUGGAAACAGAUGACCAGAGCAAAUAUAUGACUCUAGUUUUGUCCCGAAUCAAUCUUGUGUUCAUUAUCCUAUUUACUGGAGAAUUUGUACUCAAGCUAAUCUCCCUUAGAUACUACUACUUUACCAUAGGAUGGAAUAUCUUUGAUUUUGUGGUGGUGAUUCUCUCCAUUGUAGGUAUGUUUCUGGCUAAACUGAUAGAAAAAUAUUUUGUGUCUCCUACCCUAUUCCGAGUCAUUCGUCUCGCCAGGAUUGGUAGAGUCUUGCGUCUCAUCAAAGGGGCCAAGGGGAUCCGCACUCUGCUCUUUGCUCUGAUGAUGUCCCUCCCUGCCUUGUUUAAUAUUGGCCUCCUGCUCUUCCUGGUCAUGUUCAUCUACGCCAUUUUUGGAAUGUCCAACUUUGCCUAUGUUAAAAAAGAAGCUGGAAUUGAUGACAUGUUCAAUUUUGAAACCUUCGGCAAUAGCAUGAUUUGCCUAUUUCAGAUCACCACCUCUGCUGGCUGGGAUGGAUUGUUAGCACCUAUACUCAACAGUGCACCCCCCGACUGUGACCCUGACAAAAUUCACCCUGGAAGCUCAGUUAAGGGAGACUGUGGGAACCCAUCUGUUGGGAUUUUCUUCUUUGUCAGUUAUAUCAUCAUAUCAUUUCUGGUUGUGGUAAACAUGUACAUCGCUGUCAUCUUGGAGAAUUUCAGUGUUGCUACUGAAGAAAGUGCAGAGCCUCUGAGUGAGGAUGACUUUGAGAUGUUCUAUGAGGUUUGGGAGAAGUUUGAUCCGGAUGCCACCCAGUUUAUAGAGUUUGCUAAGCUCUCUGAUUUUGCAGCUGCCCUGGAUCCUCCUCUUCUUAUAGCAAAACCGAACAAAGUCCAGCUCAUUGCCAUGGAUUUGCCCAUGGUCAGUGGGGACCGAAUCCAUUGCCUGGACAUAUUAUUUGCCUUUACAAAGCGUGUUUUGGGUGAGAGUGGAGAGAUGGAUGCCCUACGAAUUCAAAUGGAAGACCGGUUCAUGGCAUCAAACCCUUCCAAAGUCUCCUAUGAACCUAUUACCACCACUUUGAAACGCAAACAGGAGGAGGUGUCUGCUGCUAUCAUUCAAAGAAAUUUCAGAUGUUUUCUUUUAAGGCAAAGGUUAAAAAAGGUAUCAAGUGAAUAUAACAAAGAGGUUAUCAAAGGAAGGAUUGGCUUACCUAUAAAAGAAGAGAUGAUUAUUGACAAAUUAAAUGGGAACUCUACCCCGGAAAAAACAGAUGGAAGUUCCUCUACCACCUCUCCUCCUUCUUAUGAUAGUGUAACAAAGCCAGACAAAGAAAAGUUUGAGAAAGACAAACCAGAAAAAGAAAACAGAGGAAAAGAGGUCAGGGAAAAUCAAAAGUAAAAAGAAAAUUAUCUUUGUGAUCAAUUGUUUACAGCCUAUGAAGGUAAAAUCUAGGUAUCAACUAGACUCUCAGAGGAGGUCUAUGCCAAACUGACUGUUUUAACACAUACUCAUGGUCAGUGCCUAUAACAAGACAGUGGCCUCUCUGUCACUACAACUCUGUGAGUCAGGGUAUAACAUUGACAAGAGGUUGCUUUUUUUUAUUACCAGCUGACACUGCUGAGGAGAAUUUCAAUGGCUACCUAGACCGUAGGGUUAGUUGUGCAAAGUGGUCAUUAUAACUACACCAAACUCCUUUAGGACAGUACUUUGCAUCCAUUAUAUUUUUAACUUCCAUAUCUGCCAUAUUUUUACAAAAUUUUUUUCUGGUGGAUUUCCCUGGUCCCUAAUUCAUAGCUUAUUCAUAAUACUCUCACUAUUUUUGUAAAUGAGGUUUAAGUUGAGAAAAAAAGUAUAUAAGAUCUUCCUAUUCCACAAGUCUCUCAAAUAAGACAAAAUAGUUUGCUUAUGAGGUGAAAUUUUUCUCAAAACCAGAAAAAAAUUCUAAUAUCAAUGAUUUCAGGUACUUCCAUUUUCUAGAUGGCUUUAAUUUUUAAAGUGUUUCAGUCUGUUGUGUUUGUUUAUAUCUAAACAGUUAUGUGCCUGUAAAAUCUCCUCUACAUUUUAAAGGCUUAUUUUUAUGCAAAGUAUUCUGUUUCAGCAAGUGCAAAUUUUAUUCUGAGUUCCAGAGAUCUAUAUUUAAUUUUGGUUAAAUGCUUUCCCCAAAAAAAGUAAUCUAAUAAAUCUGUUCUAGAAAAGCGUGUCUAAAGUAUUGCUUUAGAAUAGUUAUUCCACUUUCUGCUGCAGUAUGCUUUACCAUCUUCUGUGCUCAGCGAAAUUGACAUUUUUGUCAAUAAUACACCCUCUGUUCUGUAAAUAGUUACUUUAAACUGUGGUGCAUAUUUGAGUAUAUAUAAAUGUGUGUGUCUGUGCAAACACAUACACACU